CUCGACAUUGUCGCGCUGUGCCCCGCCGUGUUCGUCCCCAAAAAUGGAAUACUAAUACAAAAUAUUACACUCGUACACAAAGAGCAUAAAGAACGAGCAGUGCGCUUUGCCUGAACGUACGCAACGAGCGAUUGUUAUAAAAUAUAUAAAUUCAUAUUCAGAGUACCCUGACUAAGCCGCGGCACAUUCGUAUACUCCUACGUAUGAAACCCCAGCGUCCAUUGUACGACCGUGCUGAACAAUUGCACACGUUUUUAUGCGCUGGAAUGCAAGAACUCUGAAUGGCUGUGUGGUAAGCCCCCUGACAUUUGGCUGGAGCUGCAGUCUCGGAUCUGGAACUUUGCCGACGACAGAAAACAUUCAGGCUGCACACAUGCACCGUAUGGAAUAUUAAUUACAAUCAGCUUUUUGUUAAGUGAAUUAUAAGCCAAAAAUCACACAGAAAGAAAGACAGAGAGACCGAUCCAGCAUGGGUCGAAUGAAGAAGAAGCUGCCGACAGGUGUAUCGUCUGGAGGCGCCACACGCAGUGGGAGCAGCCGCACUCCAGCCCCCACAACAAUGGUGGGCGGCUGCUGUAUUCCACUGGGAUUACCGCAACCUUUGCUGCUUGAGGAGAAGAAAUUCCUGCUGGCUGUGGAGCGCGGCGAUAUGCCGAAUGUACGCAGAAUCCUUCAGAAGGCGCUGCGCCAUCACCACAUCAACAUCAACUGCAUGGAUCCACUGGGCCGGAGAGCCCUCACUCUGGCCAUCGACAACGAGAAUCUCGAGAUGGUGGAACUGCUCGUCGUCAUGGGAGUGGAGACAAAGGACGCCCUGCUGCAUGCCAUCAAUGCGGAGUUUGUCGAGGCCGUGGAGUUGCUGCUCGAGCACGAGGAGCUCAUCUACAAGGAGGGCGAGCAAUAUAGCUGGCAGAAGGUGGACAUCAAUACGGCUAUGUUUGCCCCGGAUAUCACGCCCCUGAUGCUGGCGGCUCACAAGAACAACUUUGAGAUACUGCGCAUUCUCUUGGAUCGGGGAGCGGCUGUGCCAGUGCCCCACGACAUUCGUUGUGGCUGUGAGGAGUGCAUGCGCCUCAUGGGCGAGGACUCGCUGAGGCACUCCCUGUCGCGGGUCAACAUAUAUCGGGCCCUGUGCAGCCCCUCGCUGAUCUGCCUCACCUCUAACGAUCCCAUCCUGACCGCCUUUCAGCUCUCCUGGGAUCUGCGGAACCUAGCGCUGACAGAGCAGGAGUGCAAGGCGGAGUACAUGGAGCUGCGGCGGCAGUGCCAGAACUUUGCGGUGGAUCUGCUUGACCAGACGCGUACCUCCAACGAGCUGGCCAUCAUCCUCAACUACGAUCCGCAGAUGUCCAGCUACGAGCCAGGGGACCGCAUGAGUCUGACACGUCUCGUCCAGGCCAUAUCCUACAAGCAGAAGAAGUUUGUGGCCCACUCAAAUAUCCAGCAAUUGCUCUCCUCCAUUUGGUACGACGGGUUGCCAGGGUUCCGGCGCAAGAGCAUCGUGGAUAAAAUCAUCUGCAUCGCACAGGUGGCCGUGCUCUUUCCUGUGUACUGUUUUAUCUACAUGUUUGCCCCCAACUGCCGGACGGGACGGCUGAUGCGGAAGCCAUUUAUGAAGUUUCUCAUCCAUGCCUCCUCGUAUUUGUUCUUUCUUUUCAUCCUCAUCCUGGUCUCGCAGAGAGCGGACGAUGACUUUGUGCGCAUCUUCGGCACGACGCGGAUGAAGGCGGAUCUGGUGGAGCAGGAGCUGCGUCAGCGGGGUCAGGUGCCCAGCAAGCUGGAACUGGUCGUGGUCCUAUACGUGGCGGGUUUUAUGUGGGAGGAAGUGCAGGAGAUAUUCGCUGUGGGCAUGAAGAACUACCUUCGCAACAUGUGGAACUUUAUCGACUUCCUACGCAACACCCUCUAUGUGAGUGUCAUGUGUCUGAGGGCCUUCGCCUACAUCCAGCAGGCCACGGAAAUAGCCAGGGAUCCACAGAUGGCGUACAUUCCGCGCGAGAAGUGGCACGACUUCGAUCCGCAGCUCAUAGCCGAGGGCCUCUUUGCCGCCGCCAAUGUCUUCUCCGCCCUGAAGCUGGUGCACCUGUUCAGCAUCAAUCCCCAUUUGGGCCCGCUGCAGAUCUCGCUGGGCCGCAUGGUCAUCGACAUUGUCAAGUUCUUCUUCAUCUACUCCCUGGUGCUGUUUGCCUUCGCCUGUGGCCUCAAUCAGCUGCUCUGGUACUUUGCGGCCCUGGAGAAGAGCAAGUGCUAUGUCCUGCCGGGCGGCGAGGCGGACUGGGGCUCUCACGGCGACUCCUGCAUGAAGUGGCGCCGCUUUGGCAACCUGUUCGAGUCCUCGCAGUCCUUGUUCUGGGCCAGCUUUGGCAUGGUGGGCCUGGACGACUUCGAGCUGAGCGGCAUCAAGUCCUACACCCGCUUCUGGGGCCUCCUCAUGUUCGGCUCGUAUAGCGUCAUCAAUGUGAUUGUGCUCCUGAAUCUGCUCAUCGCCAUGAUGUCCAAUUCGUAUGCCAUGAUUGAUGAGCACUCGGACACCGAGUGGAAGUUCGCCCGCACCAAGCUGUGGAUGAGCUAUUUCGAGGACAGCGCCACCCUGCCGCCGCCCUUCAAUGUGCUGCCCUCGGUGAAGUGGCUCAUUAGGCUGUUUCGCAAGUCCAGCAAGGCCAUCGAUCGGCAGCGCUCAAAGCAGAAGCGACAGGAGCAGGAGGAGUUCAACAAGUACGACACCAUCAUGCGCUCCCUGGUGUGGCGCUAUGUGGCGGCUAUGCACCGCAAGUUUGAACAGAAUCCUGUCUCCGAGGAUGACAUCAACGAGGUGAAGAGCGAAAUCAACACGAUGCGAUAUGAAAUGCUGGAGAUAUUCGAGAACAGCGGAAUGGACGUGUCCUCGGCGAACAAAAAGGAGCGGCAACCACGACCCCGACGCAUCAAGGUCUGGGAGCGUCGCCUGAUGAAGGGCUUCCAGGUGGCUCCGGUUCAAACAAGCGGGGAAUCUUGCGGGGAUGCUUUCUGCAAUGUCAACGGCGAAGGCGACAUGCGGGAAAUCAAGGUCGAGAGCAUACCCUCCAGGCCAGCCAAGGAGACGGCCCGUGAGAGAUUCCAGCGAGUGGCGCGCACAGUGCUGCUCCAGUCCACCGCUCACAAGUGGAACGUGGUGCUCCAGGGCACGUUGCCAAACUCCCAGAUCGGACGCUGCACCAAGAACGAGCGCAAGAACCUGCAAAAUCUAAGCAGGGCCAUCGAAGAGGCCAAAAGGCUUAUCAUGCUCAAUCCAGGCUGUUCCUCGGGUCGUGAGUCACCCAUCCGCAUCGAGUUCGAGGAUGAGAAGUCGAGCACCUUGCUGGAGCUGCUCAACCAGAUCAGCGAAGAGAUCAGCGAACGCGAGCGUCCGAGAAUCAAACCCACCUGGCGGCCUCCGCUGAAAUCCGUGGCCGCCCGGGCCUUGGCAGCCAAUAAGGUCAGAUCUUACACGGCGCCCGAGCUGAAGAUCAGCAGGAAGUCCUUGCCAGCGCCGCCACCAGCCCCAGCACCAGCUGCAGCUCCUACUAAAACUGCCCUUUCUCAGCUGGCUAGCAAUCGGUCACGAGAGCUGCCCUUGUGCCCAAGCAAACUAGGGACAACUGCUCCAGCUCCCGCUGUCACUCUCCUCAAGAAAUCAGCACCCUUAGCUACGGCUACAUCCUCACGCACUCCCUUCUCCGUGGAGCGGAAGGAGCGAGGCCAUAUCUCAGAUGGUGUGCAGGCGGGCAAUCCAAACUCCUUCGACAUCCACGUGGUCGAUCUGGAUGAGAGGAGUAGGCGCCUCGGCGGGGAUAAUGUAUCCGAUAUUAGCUCCAUUGCCAGCACGAGUCCCCAGCGGCCAAUGAAACGGAACUAAAUGUGAUUGUGGCACGGACACUGGCUCUGGUGAUAAGUCUCCCUCCAAAUGGGGCCAGCAGAUGCCUCACAAAUCUACAUAUCUACAAAUACUUCACUUACGAGUACACUCGGCAAACAAUAAAAUUAUUUAGGCAAAUUCAAUUGAAA